GCCAUCAUCGUCGUCGUGGCGUGGCGGCCACUUCCAGUCGGUCGAGUCAGUCUCUCGAAAUCCGCUAAACCGUUAGGACGCAAUCGUUCGCGCGUGUCUGUCGACGUUCUUUGAAAAGUCUGAAGUGUGUUUUGAAUUUGUGCUCCUCAACAAAACAUCAACAAACAACCCCACUCAUCCUUCCAUCAAUCCAUCCGGUGGCGGCAUUCGGGUGAAUCGAACCUGUUGUAGGUGGCUUGUUGUUUGUUGUGAUUGUGCGGAAGUUACCGGGAAGAAAGAGUGCUCUCUUCUUAUUUAGUUACACCCUUGCGAUAUUCCGGUGUUUCUGUCGUCGCGUCGUAUCCGAUUAUCGUCUCAAGUGCAGCACCGAUACGUGUUCCUUUUAGAAGGGUUCGGAUUUUGGUAUCAAUCUCCCAUUUUGUGGCUGUCGCAGUUACCUAUAGGGUUUUCGGGAAUUUGAUUGACUAAGUUCUUUGGGGACGAUUGAAGUACAAAACUUAAUACAAGCAGUGUUUGAUACAAAAACAAAACUUAAGGAAGCAUUCUUGUGGUCGUGCCCUUGAACUCUGCGAAGUCCCAAAGUCUGUAUACUCGACCACUCAUCGUAGUUUAGCGAGGCUCUGUUUAGACCAAGUCCAAGUUGGUGUCACGUCACAAAGUCACGAAAUUGCGUGCGACAUGUUGGAGCCCUCCCUAGAAAAAUCUCUCCCCUGCUCAGGGAAUAAGGAAGCAGGAGGUGCUGAUGAUAGUGGAAGGAAGCUGAAUUCGACGAAAAACAAGAAAAGUCUGCUGGCUUUGGAGGGUCUGAAGCAGCAACUGGAACAUCGACCGGAGGUUGGGGAAAAAGAAAUGCCGUCUGGUGCAGUUUCGGGUACUACGAGUCCCACCAGCAACAACAAUAAUCUCAUCGAUUCGCGUGCUUGUGCUAAGCCGAAGAAAAAGCUAUGGUUCCGCGGGGUACGUCCCUCCAAAUUCCGGCACGUGUACGGGCUGCCGACCCGGAAGGAGUGCUGCUACACCGACAUCAGCGUGGUCCGGAGCGGCAACGACGGAAACUUCUGUGCCGUCAAUCCCACAUUCCUGGCCAUCGUGGCCGACACCACUUUUGUGGUCAUUCCCAUCAACCAAACCGGCCGCAUCGAUUUCCAGUGCUGCAAGGUGAUCGGACAUACCGGCCAAAUUCUGGAUCUCAAAUGGAACCCUUUCGACGAUAAUAUGAUUGCGUCGGCUUCGGACGAUUGUACGAUUAAAAUCUGGAAGAUCCCGGAGGGUGGGCUCACGAGCAACCUGAGCGAAUCGGCCCUAGAGCUGGUGGGGCACAAGCGCAAGGUGCUGCACAUCGAGUGGCAUCCGACCGCGUCGAACGUGCUGAUCAGUGCCGGCUUCGACCACCUGAUCUGCGUCUGGGACAUCGGAAGCGCCGACAAGCCGCUGCUCAAUGUGAUCAACGUGCAUGUGGACAUGAUCUACAGCUUGGCGAUCAGCCGAGACGGGGCACUGAUUGCUACCACCUCCAAGGACAAGAAGCUGCGAGUGAUCGAGCCGCGGAGCGGGAUCGUCGUUUCGGAAGGAAUUUGUCACAUGGGCACUAAGUGUUCGAAAACCGUCUUCCUGGACAACAAUCGGAUCCUCACGACCGGCUUCUCGCGACACUCCGAUAGACAGUUCGCAAUUUGGGAUCAGCACGAUCUGGUUAAGCCUCUGGUUCAGGAAGUGAUCGACAGUUCGAGUGGUGUUGUGACACCCUACUUCGAUUACGAUACCCGGAUGAUUUAUCUGGCCGGGAAGGGCGAUGGCAACAUCCGAUACUACGAACUGGUCGAUGAACCACCCUACGUGUACUAUCUGAAUCAGUUCCUGUCCGGACAGCCCCAGAAAGCGCUAGGAUUUAUGCCCAAACGGGGCGUCAACGUGUCCCAGUGUGAGGUCUUCCGGUUCUACAAACUACACGCAACCGGAAACAUUUGCGAACCGAUUUCGAUGAUUGUCCCCCGCAAAUCGACACUGUUCCAGAGUGAUCUCUACCCGGAUACGCUGGCCGAUAUGCCGGCAAUCGGUGCCAAAGAAUGGUUUCAGGGACGAAAUGUGCAACCCAUCCUCAGGUCCAUGAAGACUGGAGAGUCUAUUGUAGAAGCGGCUACCAAUAAAAAGAGUCGACCCGAACUGAGCAGAUCUCUCUCAAGUCACCAUCAUAACAACAGCAGCUCAAAGCACAACGUUCUGAGCAGCAGCAACCAUCAUUCCGGAACGAAUGGACUGAACCAUAACAGCAGUAGCAACAAUAAUGCCACCAACGGUUCCUCUACCAUAAAUGGUAACAAUUACACGAACGGUACUACCAUAACCAAUGGUAAAAACAACAAAGAAAACGAGCACGACAACCGCAAAGUGGACAAUAAUUCCAAGAAAUUCGCAUUCCUCUCGCAACCAACCGUUCCAGAUUAUCGACCUCAAACGAUAAUCGAAAAGAGUCAAAAGACGUCAACGAAUCAAAGCACCAAGUUCCACCAGCUGCAGGCGUUCUUCGUGCAGAACCAGGCGGCUAACCACAAGGACAUUGCCAACCUGCAGAACAACCUGCUGAGCAGUUCGCGGAACAGCUCCCGCAACAGCUCGCUGGAGAAUAUCAACCUGCUCAACUCGGAGAAUGAGCUCCGCAAAGCGUUCAACAAGCAGGCGGAAGAAAUCAAAAGCCUCCGGAAGUCGCUCAACAACUCGGAAAAACGGGUCCGGGACCUGGAAGCCGAAGUCAAGCGAUUGCUGGUCAAACAUCAACAACAUUAACCUGAAGUUAGCUGGGAGGAGAAUUAGGGCUAUUUGUUGUUUUUGUUUUUUUUUACAAUCGACUGUGUAAAUCAUCGAAAACGAGAUCCGAACGAAUCGAAACGGUCAGGAGAGUUUAAUUUAGGUUUAGACAGUUUAGGUUCAAUUUAUGUUUUUUUUGGUUUGUUUAGUAAUUUUCAAAAGUUUUUGUUCAAUAGUUUUUUUUCACCUUAACCUAGAAAAGAAAAUAAGUCAAUAGCAUACGAAGCAGGUAAUUCGUAGAUUGAUCGAUGAGGUUAAGACGCAACCAUCCAAUAUUUAAAAUACAGUGCUCAACAGAAAUUCCACUACUUAUGGUAACUAACAAUAGUAUCCCUAUCUACAAAUAGAACUGAUAAAAGUUGGAGAGAUCCUGCUUUUCUGUUUAAAGCUGUAUGAGAAAACAAGCUUUUGGGAGUUUAGCUUCGCCGUGAGAAAGUUGCUGUGUAUAACUGUAUGUAAGUGUACUUGAUGGAAUCUAAUGCAUUUUGCGCUAAAUGGAUCAUAAAAAAAGACGGAAGAAAACAAACUUGAAAAUCGGAACAAUUAGGAGCGAAAUAUAGCCAAUAAGACUUUAGAUCUUGAGAAUAUUGCUAUCAACAAAAAUUUAGCUCCAAGUGAGUCAAGAAACUUUAAAUGGUUCAAAUAUGUUUUUGUUUCAAAAAAGUUCUGAUAAUUAUUGGCGCCCAACGUGGGGUUGUUGUGAAAUUUUUCCAAAUUGUUUGAUGUAUUUAACUUAAAACGAGAAAGAUUAGUUCGAAAUAUUUGUAUUUAUAUUGUACUGUAUUUUCUUGAUUCAGAUUACAAAAUUAUUAUUACCAAAUUGUUUAGAUGUGGAAAUGAUCCGCUUUUUUAAUAAAACAUGAAACAGAAAACGCUCCGUCACGUAAACUGAACAAUAGAGACAGAAAAACCAACAAACAAUGACUGUAAGCUUAGCGAAACGUAGCUUGUAAGAAAGGUCCCAAAUAAUAAAAGUAUAUAAUAACGAGUAACAUUAUUAACAGUAGCAAAUAAUGGUAAAACAUAUAUAUUUUUAGAGACGAUUACAACUGGAACGAUGAGACACAUUCAUUCACUUGAAGCAAAAAUUUCAAAAACAAAAAUGCUUAAGCAAUUAAAAACGGACAAAUAAAGCUAAAACAAAUAAAAAUUGUGAAAAGAUAAACCUGCGACCCAAUCUCAAAAAUAAGUUACCAACAAAUAAGAAAGAAAUCAUCAAUAUUGAUGAAUACAAAAGGAACAAUUAUAUUUAUUUGAAAGAUGAAGAAAAAAAACACACUAGCGCAAAUUUUCUCACUGACAAGACAACACAUCCACAAAUUGCAAAACAAAAAUAUGAGCGAAACAUGUGAUUCAAACAAACUUAGGUAAGAUAUUCGAAGAUUUUAGUUUCAUUAACUCCAAACGGGACAAGAAACUUGUCCGCAAUUUGGUUGAAAAAAAAAAUGAAGAAAAUUGUUUCCUCCUGUUAGAUUGAUUUGUAUUGGUUUAAGUUUUAGCAAGUAGGUUAAAGUAUUUACCUCUUUAAAUGAAUUUGCAUUCAAGGCGUUUGAUUUUUCCUCUUAUAUAGACACACAAAUGCGAGAAUUCAAAAGUUCUCGUUAGAUUGGCUGUUAUUGUUCCCCUACUUGAUUAGUUAUUGUUUAUAAACAGAAAAUCGGUUCUCAAACUAGCUGCUUAUAGUAUUUGUGAUUCCACUGUACGGUCACUGUAAGAAAAGAAUAACAAUUUGGAUUCCGUUAGCAUAUGUGUUGUUGUAAUUAUGUAAUUUAAUCUGUAGACACGUUUUGAAAAAUCUAGUUUAUCUACUAGUUUCAGCGCACAUUUAACAGUUAAAAUUCUCAAACAAAAAUUACCAAGCUCUCAACAUUCUUGAAUCUUUUCACUUAACAACGUUCUACUGGAAAUCAGAAUUUGAUUGCAGCUAAAAACUGCAUAUUUGCAAUUCAUAUAUAACAAACAUACCCGUCUACAUUUGGUGGUCUCUAAUUCGGGCGCCAUAAAUGAAUAAUUUAGAAAAAAAAUUUGCUACCAACGUUCCAAAUCAAAAUACAUAUACCAACACAAAAUACUUACUUCAAAUGCUUCUAGACUUGCGAAUAAUCCGCAAGAUGCGCUUCGCUUUUUACAUUGUCCAACAUAACACAACACCUAAAAAACAAAAAUACAAAACAAAAGUUUCCAAGUUCCACUGCUUAAUGGUUGGCUGCGUGCUGUAAUCGAUAAUAAGGUUGCUUAACCUAAAAACAAAUCGAGUAAAACGAAACAUUCAAACAGAGAUAAGCCUGUCCAAAUAUUCACCUAUAACCUUCUAUUUAUAAUAUUCAUAAACUGGAUAAAGAGGAAACGGAUAAACACAGAUAAAACAAACACUUAGAAAUAGAGUGCAAACAUGCUUGAGCGAUGUGCAAGCAUUUUCCCGGUAUGCAUCUGUAGAUGUGCGUACACAUACAACGCAUUUUGUGCAAAGGCUAGCUGUCAACGGCAAAAAUCGUAACUGCUAACAGACAGACACUUGGAACAGCAACAACAAGAACAGUGUUCGAUGGAAAUAAAAUCGAAUAAUCAUACAUGAUUACAA